UUAUUAAUGGCGUAGCCAUUGUGGAGUGCGGACGUAUUUGUACAAGUUUCUCUGGAGCUGUUUCCCAGAAACAUCGCAGCUGCCCGGGUCUGCUCAGCAAACGUGCUAAAAUCGGUGUGAAAGGAUAGUUUUGAGUAGUCUAGUCGGUGGAUUUGGGUGAAAUAGUUGCUGUGGCGAUGUCGGAUACCACGGUAUCGCCCACACGAGGCCACCACAAUCGGAGACAGUUGCGCGAGAGGAAACAGAGAAAACUGUACUCUGAGGAGUGGACUCUGGCAGAUGAUGAGUAUGAGGGAGGCCGUGGAUUCAGUGUUGCUGAGAAGCUGGAAUCAGCACGUUUUGCGCAAGCGGGAAUGGUGCGCGAGAUGAAAGGAUCAGACUUGACUGUUGCGCAUCUGCAGCAGUACGGCUUCAACAUUCCGCUCCUGUUCAAGGAGAAGACAGGACUGGGUCUUCGGGUGCCAUCGCCCUAUUUUAGCAUAAAUGACGUGAGAAUGUGUGUCGGAUCGAAGCGAGUGCUCGAUGUUAUGGAUGUAAACACACAGAAAAACCUCGAGAUGACCAUGAAAGAAUGGCAGCAGUACUAUGAGGAUCAAGACAAGACACGUCUGCUAAAUGUUAUUUCGUUAGAAUUUUCCCAUACGAAACUCGACAAUUACAUUCAAAGUCCGGAACUCGUGAGACAAAUUGAUUGGGUUGACGUUGUAUGGCCCAAACAACUCAAAGAAGCCCAAGUUGAGGGUACAAAUUCUUUGAAUGACAUGAUGUAUCCCAAAGUACAGAAAUAUUGCCUGAUGUCUGUGAAAAAUUGCUAUACAGACUUCCAUGUAGAUUUCGGGGGUACUUCGGUAUGGUAUCACAUUCUUAAGGGCAGUAAGGUCUUCUGGCUCAUUCCACCGACAGAAAAGAAUUUGGCCUUGUAUGAGAAAUGGGUGUUGUCAGGGAAACAGUCGGAUAUCUUCUUCGGAGAUACAGUGGACAAAUGUGCCAGGGUGUAUUUGACUGCUGGUAACACAUUCUUUAUUCCAACGGGAUGGAUUCAUGCAGUGUACACUCCUACAGAUUCCCUAGUCUUUGGUGGGAACUUCCUUCACUCUUUUGGCAUUGUCAAACAACUGAAGAUUGCCCAGGUGGAGGAUACAACGAAAGUACCGCAGAAAUUUCGAUAUCCCUUUUUUACCGAAAUGCUGUGGUACGUCCUAGCAAAGUACGUCUAUACACUACUGGGUCGGUCCCAUCUUGACGGUGAACCCGAACGUGUGGAUGAACUUACGGGCCGACCUCAUAUUCAUCUAACACAUUAUGAACUGUUCGGACUGAAAGAGAUCGUGAUGUAUCUAUAUGAUUUGCCACCGAAUAAGAAGAACGUGCCGGACUUAAUUAAGGACCCCGUGGCCCUGAUUAAGGAUGUUAGAACACUGGUUGAGAGACACUGCAAAGACAGCCCAGAACUAGCCAUUACAGGACGUCCAGUUCUCAAAGCCGAACCCGAUAGCACAGAACCCGCAACGAUGUCCACGUAUGAUCUUGGCGUGGACAGCAGUGAUAAUUCUACGAGCACAAGUCAUCAGCACGGAGACUUUCUCCCACCGAGUGCAGCAUCCGCCAAUCGAGGCGGACCCCGAGGACCAUACAAGAAGCAAUCCUUCCCACAGGGAGUACAACAGCGCUCCCAGGGCAGCACUGGGCAGAACAAUGCAUCAGGCGGUCCAAGGAGACGCAGAACCCGCUGCAAGGUCUGCGAAGCCUGCCAGAGGUCUGACUGCGGCGAAUGCAGUUUCUGCCUGGAUAUGGUUAAAUUCGGAGGACCUGGGCGUGCCAAGCAGACCUGCAUGAUGAGACAGUGUCUGCAACCGAUGCUACCAGUAACUGCACAAUGCAUCUACUGCCACCUUGACGGUUGGCGCCAAACUCCGGUAGCGCCUCAAGCCAAGCUUCAGGCUUCGCUUGAGGGUCCGUCAUCACUUAUGGAGUGUUCAGUGUGUUAUGAAAUCACCCACCCGGACUGCGUCCAACGCCAUGCACCCAAUAUCAGUGGAAUUGUUAACGAGGAUCUACCAAACAGCUGGGAGUGUCCCAUCUGCUGCAAAUCCGGCAAAAACACCGAUUACAAGCCACGUCAUUUCCGAGCACGGCAAAAGUCUUCAGAGAUCCGUAGAAUGUCCAUAAGCAGUGACGCAUCCUCAGCUAUUGAUCACAAGCCAAUUGAGGCACAUGGUGACUUUGGAGGAAUGUCCAGUGGAUCGGAUUCUGAGACACCAGGAAAGUCAAGUAUUCGGAAAUUGGGGGUGAUUAGUCCGUCGAACAGUUCGAACACCCCCAUCAAGUUCGAAAUCAAACAAGAGCACGAUCUCAAUUCGCCCACGCAGGAACACUUGACUGGAGGUAGUAUCGUAAAGCGUCGGAAAAGUGACGAUGGGGGCAGUAUGUGCAGUAGUAUGCAUGAGUCUGUGGAGACAGUAGAGCAUAGUGUUCCCAGGAAGAAAUCUUCACUGAGGACUCAGUUGGCACAUCAAAUCAUUAGUUCAUCUACAAAGGUGCUAAAAAAGCCAGUUUAUGUUGUGAGACCAGCACAAGCUGGUGGGACUACGCCCUCCCCCACUGGACACUAUGCCCUGGAUCCCACUUGUCUUCUGGCGAUUUUCCGGUAUUUGUCACCAGAGGCACUGAUCACAUGCUCUUUGGUGUGCAAGAUCUGGUCCACAGUGUCCGUAGACCCAUCUCUGUGGCGUCGUAUGAACUGUGCCCAGUAUAAACUUUCAGCAAGUCUCCUCACAGCCAUUGUUCGAAGACAACCUGAACACCUGAUCCUAGACUGGACCAGUCUCGCUAAGAGACAAUUGACAUGGGUGAUUGCCCGAAUUCCGGGCCUCAAGAACUUGAGCCUUCAAGGCACGCCAAUUCAAGCCGUUGUAGGCCUCCAUACGUGUCUCUGUCCCCCACUACAAAUCCUCGAUCUCAGUUUUGUGCGCGGUCUCAAUGAUUCCGCCAUCCGUGAGAUCCUGUCGCCACCCAAGGACUCUCGGCCCGGCCUCACGGACUCUAAAUCCCGCCUGAGGAAUCUCAAGACCCUCAAGCUAGCCGGCACAGAGAUUUCGGAUGUGGCCCUACGCUACAUCACCCAGGGCCUGCCAUCACUUCUCAUCCUCGAUAUUUCGUCGUGCCAGAGAAUCACAGAUGCUGGUAUCUUUCAAAUUGGCACGUCGACAAGUGCCAUAAACACCCUGGUGGAGCUCAAUUUGAGCAGUUGUAAACUCGUGACAGAUCUCUCGCUCGACUACCUGGAGAAAUGUGAGGCUCUGACGCGUCUCGAUCUGAGACACGUGCCACAAGUGCCCACACAGGCUGUAAUUAAGUUUGCAGCCAAGUCAAAGCACAAUCUCCAUGUGCAGGACGUUAAGCUUGUCGAAAGGCGAAAAAAUGUCACGUAGAUUUAAGGCAGAGAGACAAAAUCAAUUUUACCUCUUAAUCAAUUUGCAUUUAAGACAGGUAUUUCUUAAGGGUAUUUCUCUAUCAUUUGUCGCUUCAAUGGUAUAGGCAAGAAUUGAUCGGGAUUUGUGUAUUGUAUAGGGCUCACUUUUAGAUAAUUCUGAGAAAGUUUUUUUUUAAUAUUCUAACAAAAGAAUAUUUUCAACUUUAGCAAAAAAAUAAUGAGCCCUUAUAUGAGAUAGAGUAACAGACCUGAGACAAAAAUACUGAAGCAAUAUUCGAAAUUUCAACCGAAUAUUCGAAUAGUAAAGAUUACGUCUACAGUCAAACUACGAAGAUUUACCCUAGUAAAAUUUCGGAUGUUCGUCUCUGGCUAAUGAAAAAUCUAUGUAUGACCGAUCUCUUCUCUUUUGUUGUCGCCACUGCGAAGAACGUGCAUUCCACUGAAAGCUUUAGUCAAACGAAUUUACUCAGAAUUGACACAAUUCUUCUAUUCACACUUCUGGAAAGGACAUCUAGUAUCCGGCUUUCAAAUAGUAAUAAUUCUCAAUCAAGGGAAAGUUGUUUAGAAGAGAAAUAGAUAAAUGAAAUGAUAAGAUUUGUGCAGAAGGAAUACCAAAUGGACAUAAAACUGAAGGUCCGAAUCAAUAUAGAAUAGAUGACAGCGAUAACGCAAGGUGGAGCUACAUUGAGCUAGGACUAGAAACUAGAACUGCAUUAAAAACGCUAUUUUUUCGCACAUUACAAAAAGAAGCUGGACCUAGCCUUAAUUUAUUGUGGAUUCGCAAUUGUUUUGUCUAUUUAAAUUGCAUUACGUUAACGUCCAGAUUCCUUUAAAACAUCAUCAUAUUUGCACUAUAGUUUAUCAUAGGACCCUGGCCUCACUUACGACUCAUCUCCAGUCCGUCCGGUCUCACGUCAACUUCCUCUAGUUUCGUACUUUUAAUUUAUCCAAAUUGCCCUCUACCUGGUUGAUCCACCUUCUUUUUGGUCACCGAACUGAUCUUUUUCAGGUGGGUUUCCAUAUAAUGCUCUUUUCUUCGAUAAAUUUAGCUUUAUUCUUAGCACGUAUCUGAUCCAUCAGGAAAAAAAUCACUUAAAAACUUAAAGGGAAGUAAGAACUUUCUUCUACAGUCUUUUAAAACAGAUUACUGUUUGGUUCUUAAACGUGCGUAUGACUACACAAUAAUUCUAGAAUAAAUUAACUAACGUCACCAAGUAUACUUCUAUAUUGUAAAAUGAGAACGUUGAAUGAAGCCUGGGAAACAGUCCAUCAGCAUGUUAAAGCUACCACAAAAGAUUGACUCAUAAGCAAAUCGAUGUAAUUCCAGUUUAUGGCUCCUGGAAAAAAUGUAUGGGUUUCCAAGGGUUCCCCGUAGGUUUCUUUUGUUACAAUCCUUACAAUUAUCCGUUCUUCGAUUUCAUUUUUCUCCGGAAUUCUGACACUUAGCUCUUCCCAGCCCUGGCGAUAUAUAUUCUUAAUAUUGUCAGUUGCAUCGACCGUUGUCGUAUUUGCAUUUCUAUUGUGUCAGCAUUUGACGCAAGAUGCGACAUCUGUAUCGUAACUUGCACCAAAUGCAAACACAAAACAAAUGCAGAUACGACAACGGUCGACGCAACCGACGAUAUAUUAGACCUGUUCUUAAUAUAUUCUGUAAAUCUGUACGCCUGUUUUUUUUUUUGUUGAUUAAGAGCAUUGAGGUCGAAAAUUGCCCUGAGUAGAUUCCAUGUUGUAGUUUUGUCUUCUGGGCCACAAUCAUCAAACAAAACUUUGGGGCUUUCAGCAAAGGUGGCUCUCAACACAGCACACCAUUUUCUCAAUUACCUCCAAAUAAUCUAUUAUUUUUUUUGAUUCAAGUCCAUCAAAUUUUCCAUUACUCUUUAAUUUUUUCCGCUUCCAGACAAAUUUGUGGUCUUUGCUACAUCUGCUGGCUUGGCUAUAUCGGCUAUAUCAGUUAGAAUAACUCGGUUGUCUAUCCAAUAGACAACUGAAGCCUGUGUUUUUAUCACCUACAAAGUUUCUUUUUGCGUCAACUCUUACCUGCUUAAAUGGCUCAUAUUGUCCUAAAACAUGAUAGGGGAAAGUACUCUCCCUUCGAACGUUCAUGCCUUCGAAUAUUGUGAAUUUCUUUUACUUUACCUAAGAGACUUUCACGAAAUUAUCAUUAAUUGAUAACAAGCUAACAUAUAUUUAAUAGAAAUGUGUAAGUCUCUUGGGAAAACUAAAAGAAAAUUCACAUUAUUCGAAGUCAUGAACGUUCGAAGGGGAAGUACGUUGCCCUAUUAAAAUUACGUAGAACAUUCUACUGUGGAUAUUGCGUUCAGCAGCUUCUUAGCUUCUCUAUUAUUUUCUUUAAGUACCCGGUAUCGCAAAUCUCGUAUAUCGUCCAUCUGCGUAAAGUCGCACAUGGUACUUGUGAAGUCUCCUGAAGAGAUCAGCUUCUAAUAUCAAUGCGAUGUUUAUUUUAGUUGUCCGUAAGCUAAUGGUCCAGGGCCUCGAGUGGGUCAGUGGAUAGAGUAGUAGCUCUAUGACUGCGAGGUCUGGGGUUCAAAGCUGAGCAGCAGCAGAAAAAGAUUUCUCAUGCCAUAUCGGCUUUGAAUUCGUCCAGUGAAUGAAUGAAUAGUAAUGUCAAUGGUGCAUAUUGGCAAAAAAAAAAAAAAGUGAACCGCCUAAACAAUAGAGGCUGGUACGAAAACGAGUUUCGACAUGAAAGCGGUACUUCAGUCGAUACAAAUAUUCGCUGUCACUGAUCCCAAACACACACCGAGAAGGGAUGCUGUGAUAUAGUAGCGGCACUGACUGCUCACAGAGCUGUGAUAUUGAGCGGCUACCCGUAUCGGGGGAUAAGAUAGAAUAGGAGUGGGGAAGCAUAAGGGGCCCAAUUGGUGGCCUGGAUGCAUCGGAAUAUCCGAAAUGGAGAACUGACCCCUGGCAAAAUCUUAUCUUAUCUUAAGCUAAUGGUCCUUCUGAAAAUUAUGUUAGAUAUGAAAAUAUUAUUUAAAGACCAAUAGGAAAUAGCACGCUUGGGCCGAUAUAUUGCACUGUCAUAUCUUCUUGAUAAAAAACCUAAUGGAUUUCCUGACCAAAGGUCUUCUUAUGUCUCCUUAAAAAAGUUUUCCAUACGAGCCUGUACGGAUUCUUUCCUGCUAAUUCAAUACGUGAUGAAGAGUUCGAGUUAAGCUUCUCGCAGAUUCUUGCAAUAUAAACGAAAGCAAAAGACUUUGAAUAAUUGUCUAAAAAUAAAAAUCGUAAAUCUUCAGGGUUCGACGACAUCCUGAAAAAAAAUACUAAACGAUCAAAAGCAAAAAAAUAAUUUGAGACAAAAGGUCCCUCAGGAGUUAUUUCGCUUAUUAAACAAGUUAAGAUAAUUAAAAAAAAAUACCUUUUGAAUUUUCAAUUAAUAGAUUACUAACAAAAUUGUGCAAUAUUCAUUAUGUACAUCUCAAUUUCAAGAAUUCUAUUUAAUUUCUUGAUUUUUUAUCAUUAAAUAUUAAAACAAAAAAUUCGAAUGGACAUGAACAGCUUCUAUUUAAAGUUCAUUUUAUCAAAUAUAAUCCGUGCUUCACUAUUUUUGUAUCUGGUCUGUUGAUAGAUUAGUGUUUGAAGAAUUUUACAAGCUUUUUUCUCCCUUACGGAAUUUGGCAUAUUUUUGCCAUUUUUUCCAAAAGUCAGGUGAUUUAUUGUGAAAGAUAGUCACAAUGUUUAAUAGAAGUAAUAAUAGUUUGCAGUGCCCCAUAUUUCCGCAAUUAGUGUGUUAUUUGUGAAAA